AUGGCGUCAAUCGAUCAACAACAAAGCAGCAGCAAAACAGAAUCGUCGUCUCCUCCAUGGUCCAUGCCAAGUCGUGGCUCGAGCCAAUCGUCGAAUGACAACAGUGGCAGCUGCAGAAAUGGCGAUCCGCACAACAGCUAUGGAACCUUACACAGUAAACGGCAGCGUCCUAUCAAAGACAUGCCUGAGGGCCACGAUCGCAUCCUCUUUUUGAUCGCCAAGUUGACUGGGAGCCGUGUUCAAGUGUCGGUCAAGAAUGGUUCCAAAUACGAGGGGAUACUUUACAGUGGAUCGACUCAGGGCGAGCUUGGUAUUGUUCUCAAUGAUCCCAUCACUGUAACAUCAUCACGCGUCCAAACAGCUGCGGCGUCACCAUCCAUUUUGAUCAUGAACAAAGAUUUGGUCUCGAUUAUGAGUUCAAUCAUGGAUGAUGUGGAUAAUGAAAACAGCUGCUGCGGAGAUCAAGUCGAAUUCGGAGAACAAUGCGAGCUGCAUGAAUGGGACGACAAGGUUGCUGGCGAUUUGAUUUUCCUGGAUGACAAUGAUGAUGACAAUACCUCAUUCAGCAACAAGCCAUUUGAGAUAAAGACGGCCUUUGACGAUGAUGACGAUGAAUCUCUCACCGAAUUUCUGGAUCGCACUGAAUAUGACUACGAGGAACUUGAACGAUACGCAAACGAAAUUGAACAAGAGGAGAAGUCUUCAGUAAUGAGUACACAUGAAUCGGACAAAUGUGGUCAACUAGUGGAUGAAGAUCGUAUGGAUGAGGAGAACAGACACAGCGUGGCGGCAACUCGUCCUACUCGUGCUCCUGCUGAUUAUUUUAUCAAUCACAAGGUGAAGGUGUUCCCAGCUAUGGAACAUGAUUUCAUCUGCCACUCUACGCAUCUUGACGAAUCAACCAUCCCACACUUUGUUGCACCAUCUCCUAUGACCAACCACAUUUGUGCUUGUGACAAGAGGAAGGAAAAGGUUCAUGAGCAAUCGGUGUCCAAGCCGUUAUGCCAUUAUUCCCGGAUGUUGAGAGGAAAGCGUUACGCGGAAAAGUAUGCGCAUAAGAUGAAGGACAAGGAGAAGCAUCUUGCCGAGCUCGUCAGAUUCCAUCAGACUUUCAAGCUCAAUUUUCCAAUCCCUGCUGAUAUCGAACCAUUGCUGUCAAAACAAAAUCAGUCAGCCGGCGUGUUGGAUAAUGAGGUCUUUGAGCAACUAUACGAAUCACGGCAAAACACCACGACUACCACAGCCAAAAGAACCACCAGCAAGAAGAAAAAGCGCCCUUUUGAGUUCAACGUCCACGCUGAAGAAUUCAUACCUGAUCCUGAAAUACAAGAGUUCCUUGCGGCGAGAAACCGUGGUAGUGGUGCUGCGUCUCUAUCAUUGCUCUUUCCCAUGGAUCAUCGAUCAACGUUGAAGGAUGUGGACACAAAUCACCUGACCGUGGAUGAAGUAUUCAAGCACCCUUUUUCCAAAAACGACGUCGAAAUGCCAGCUCAUGCCAUUGGUCCUACUUGGCCGUUUGGUACGACACAAUACAUCAUGCAAUUCAUGGACGAUGCAAUCGAGAAUGGCUACAGCUACAAUCAGCAGCAAUUUACGCCUUCUUACAACUACAUUCAAUACCAGUACCCACAUCGAUAUACACCAUCAUCCAUGAACCCGACAACAACACCUACUACAUCAUAUGAACGUACCUCUACAUACGCCACAACGGAUCCUCAGGUUGCACGCAACAAUUUGACAUCACCAGCAUUCUCUGCCAUACAAUCAUUCACAGGAACGGGAACGCCAUUAAAUCCACAAUACAGCCCUGAAGCAUACAACACGGCAUUUCUUUAUACACCCCUUUUACCAGAGAAUGAUACUCCAUCAGCAAUACCCCCUUCACCUUCUCACAACGAAGGCUUUCAACAGCAACAAGAACCCCAUGAAUACCAAGGUUACUAUGUUGUCAAUGCAGGAAGCCCUCUAGCGAGCCCAUACUUUGUACCUGAAAUGAUGAAUCCAAGUCACCAGACCUCGCCGCCGCCCACAGACACAAUGAUACAACCCACGAUGUCUCCACAACCUUAUUAUACGGGAUCAGAAUACUCCUAUUGGCGGUUUUAA